AUGAGUCGCCCCGGCGAUCCACACUCUGGGCCCCAUCUACACCAAACUCCCCAGCAGCAGUCGUCAACUUUUACCCACAUUGCGCGCCUGCCAUCAUGGAACGGGUCCGUGGAAGACAGUCCGACCGCCCAACAGCAACACUCAAGGAAGAGGUCUGCAGACCAUCUCCCCAGCGAGCCCCACGUGGCGCGCAAAGGCCGCGCGUGUCUCGCCUGUCGAAAGCUCAAGGUCAAGUGCGACAGCUUGGAACGGGGCGACGCCGGGUGCUCGCGAUGCCAGAGAUUGAGCCUCGAGUGUGUCACCAGCAAGCGGAUGAGGGUGAGUCUGGAGGACGACAAUGAAAAUCCACAUCCGUCAAUCGUGCGCCUGGACCGAGCCGUGGAGGACAUCCUGUCGCGGCUUAAAAUGCCCUCGCUGGACGCGUAUGGCUUACCAGGCACGUCCGAGACCCGGCCGGCGGUCGCACCAACACUUCUCGCACCAACAUCGCAGCCGGGCACCAACGUCCCCGACACUGCAGCGCAGACGACGCGUGAGAACUCACGCGACCCUAAUCCCGAGGGCCAGGGCGAGCACGAAAUGGCGCCCGCCCCGAUGGGCUCGCUGUACGAAGUGACGCAACUCAACACGCUCCGCUCGCGGUUAAAGUACGGCGACCCCGCGCGGCGCAACUCGAAGAAGAACAUGGAAGCGGACCUGAUCGCGCUGGGGAUCCUGACCGUCGACGAGGCGGAGGAGAUGCUCGCGCUGUUCAAGACGAGUCUGUCGCGGUACCUGUUCGACGCGACGAUCCAGGAUUCCCGCACGUUGCUGUCGGUGCGCGAGUCCUCGACGCUAUUCUUCACCGCCAUGGUGACGGUGACGUCGCUGCACAUCCCGGGUAAGGAGCGCAUCCACGAGCAGUCGGCGAAGCACCUGCGUGAGCUGAUUGCCACCUCGUUCUUCGACCGCUUCCACACGCUCGAGGACAUCCGCGCGCUGACCAUCGCCGCCUUCUGGCUGCCCGACCUCAGCUGGAAGCUGUCGGGCCACUGUGUGCGCAUGGCGACCGAGCUGAACCUGCACCAGGCGUUUUAUAAGGCCCUGUAUUCGCUGAGGCAGAGCCCCAGCGAGCGCGAGCAUGCCUUCGAACGCGCUCGUCUGUGGUAUCUGUUAUACGUGCUGGACCACCAUUUCAGCAUCGCGUAUGGUCGCCCGCCUGUCACGGCGGAGCUGCAGGCCAUCAAGGAAUACGAGGUGUUUCUCAAUGCGCCCGAGUGUACCACCAGUGACCGUCGUGUCUUGUCUCAGGUCACACUCUUCAUCAUUCUCAGCAAGGCGUAUAACCACUUUGGACUCGAGGCUGAGCGGCUAAUGGAAGGGGACGAUGCCACCCUCCUCACCCACCAACGCUUUAUCGAGGAUCUCGACCAAUGGAGAUAUCAAUUUAGGCACGCUUUGCAAAGAGAUCCCCAUGUCGGAGAUUACCCGGCUGUCGGUGUUGAGCUACAUUAUCAUUUUGCGUCGAUGAUGCUCAACUCUCUAGCGCUGCGAGGAAGAUCGCUGUUCACAAUUUCGUCCACAUCCACCCUUCCGACAUCGCUGCGUCCACUGGCUUCCCACGCCAUUUCCUCGGCACAUCAGAUCCUCAUGAUUGUCUUAGAAGAACCCAACAUCCGAGACAGCAUGGUCGGCGUUCCUCUCUACUUGCACACAGUCAUUGCCUUUGCCGUCGUCUUCCUCAUCAAGAUGUCGAGCCGCUGGAUGAGUAUUGGGGUCAGUAUAGACCCAGAGACCAGAACCAAGCCUUUGAUUGAAGCCGUUAUCGCCCUCUUUCGUGCUUGCAAAGCGGGCAAAGCGCACAUGCUGUAUAGCAUGGCCGAUGGGUUUGAAAGACUGCUCAGGCGGAAUCUAGCCAACGGCAGACCCCCGGCAGCAGUGGGAGGUUUGGGAGUAAACGGCCUGUCUCAUGCCCAGGCUAACUCGAAUGCGGCUGGUAAACUGAUGCCGGGCCUCAAUUUCUCCCAGCGAGGCCAAACUCAAGGUCAGGCUCAAUCUCUACAGCAUGGACAGCCUUCGACUCCAGACCUCUACCGCCACGAUGCAAACGCAACCCUCCUCCAACAGCAGACGGCUUCGCCUCCGUCAUUUGCGCAUCAGAAUGGCGCAAAUUAUGACCCGUUUGCCCUGUCGCCUCAUAGUCAACCGACAUCUGCCGGAACGUUCGGAGGUUGGCAAACUGAAGAUGAUAUGCUCUGGUCAAUGUCAAUGGGUUAUGACUUGUUGGCCACUGCACCUGAUGUCAAUGCGCACGGCUUGAGUUCACUCGCUGGCUGGAAUGCACCGGAUGGAGGUGGUGCAGGCUAUGGUGGCCUCUAA